AUGACACUCGAUAGUACUGAAAAAACAAUUAUUGAUUAUGCUACCGAAGGUAGUUUUGAAGAUGUCGAACGUUUAUUGAAAAAUAAUGUUCCUGUUGAUACUCGUGAUGAGCAUGGUAUGACACCUUUACAACAUGCGGCAUACAAAGCACAUACAAAUAUAUGUUCUCUUCUUUUAAAACACGGUGCCAAUGUUAAUGAUCAUGAACAUGAUCAAGGUUAUACAGCUCUAAUGUUUGGCGCCCUCUCUGGUAACACGGAAGUUGUUCGUAUUCUUCUUGAAGCAGGUGCUAAAACUCAUCAAAUCAAUCGUAUCGGUCGGACAGCAUCUCAAUUAGCUGCAUUUACUGGGCAAAAACAAUGUGUUGAUACAAUAAAUAAUUAUGUAACACUUGAUGAUCUUAAAUAUUAUAUAACUCCGCAAGGUCAAGAAACGGAAGGAAAAUUACCGGAAUCAUGUACGCAAGGUUUUCAACAUCUAUUAAUUACAACUAAUUUUAAUCCUGUUUGUUUAUUUAAUAUUAUACGUGAACAUUCGGAAUUCUAUCAACCAAAAACAAAUCUUAAACGAUUAUCGAAUACACUUGCACUUAUGAUUCAAAAAUCAUUCGAUCCAUUUUAUACAAAUGAACCAAAUGAUAUAUUAGCAAUCAAAUCACAUUAUAUAAAAACAUUUAUAGAUAUUUUAGUUGACAAAAAUACAGAUGAUAUUGAAAAAACUUGUGGAGAAUUAAGUAAAAAAUUUGCUCAUGGAAAUGAAAAUGAUGGUUUUAAAAUGUAUGAAGAAAAAUUUAUCCGAGAAACAAUUCGAAAUUUUCCGUAUAAACAAUGUCCACUUCUUCAACAACUCGUCAGACUCAUCGCUCCAAUAACAUUAGGUCAAAAUCCAUCCGCUUUAACCGUCUUAACUACAACGCUCAAUGGACGUACAUUUGAAGAUGACACACUUCAUCUCUGUGACGCUUGUUCACAACCAAACGCUACUCGUCGGUGUACUGCAUGCAAAUCGGUAUAUUACUGUAACGAAUAUUGUCAACGUUUACGUUGGUCUACUCACAAGCGUUUAUGUUCAUCAUUAAAUAAAGAUAAUAAUUAG